UGGCUCUCUGCUGCAUGGCUGGAUUAUGUUUGCACUCACGGCUCACAACGUUCAGUCUAGCAUGAGACACCCACGGGUGAGCACCCCACUUUUCACACACUAAAGGUGCUGAAAGGGACCUAGCACUCCAGGGAGACCAGCUGCCCAGGGGCCAACAGCACGAUGUUCAGCAGCACCUACAGGCGUGAGGUGCGCAAGGAGAAGUACGAGCGCUCGGAUGUGUUCGAAGAGGAGCCAGAGGACAGCUCUGCAGCCAUGUCCGCCAUCCAGGGCUGGGAGAACCUGCAGGAGCUCAACAGCCGCUUCGCCCGCUACAUCAACAGAGCACGAGUCCUAGAGCAGAGGAACGCCGUCUUCAGAAAGCAGCUGGAGACACUGCAGCGCAUGGACGAGACCAACGGGCUGGAGGAGGCCUUCUGUGAGCAGAUCCAGUUCAACAAAGAGCGACUCCGAGAGCUGGCAUCAGAGCACAACAAGCUGGAGAGAGAGCUGAGAGAAGCCUGCCGCAUGCUGGACGAGUACACCACCAAGUACAGGGAGGAGUGUGACUACCAGGAGCAGCUGCGGGGAACACUGGAGCAGCUGAACAAGGAGGCUGACAGCAUCCUCCUUCAAAACCUGGAGAGCCAGAUCCAGUGCCAGUUCCUGCAGGAUGACAUCAGCUCAACAAAAGAAAGACACAAGAAGAACCUGGCAGAGAUCCAAACCUACGUGAACAUUCUGCAACAAAUCAACCAGACCCUGCCUGUUGUUCCCAAUGUGUCUCUGGGCAUCUCUGAGGAGCAGGAGAAGCUGUUAGCCCAGAGGAAGGUCCCGGGUCUGCAGGGUCAGCUGGAGGAGUACAAGAGCGCCCUCUGUCAGCUGCAGGGGCAAAGACAGCGGCUGCAGAGUGAGAAUAAGAUGUUAGAACAGGCCAUCAAGAGCACCCAGGAGAGCUACGAGGACGAACUCCAGAUGUACAAUGAGCAAAUCGAAUCUUUGAGGAAGGAGAUUGAAGAAGCCGAGAAGUCCCUGGAGAAGUUCACCAAUGAGUGCCGCCACCUGGCCAUGUACCAGAGCUCCCUGGAGAACGAGCUGGAGCGUUACAAGAGGAUCAUUGAGAACGAAGACAACAGGUUGAAUUCAGCGAUAAUUGGCACUCCCAUUACCCUGUUCUCCACUAAUUACCGCUACACCCACACCCCCUCCACGUCGAGCAGGGGGAGAGACAUCACCCAAGCUUUCCAGGAGAUCACCAACGUCAAACCACGCCAGAAGAACUUUGCCAAGAAGGGCCAGAAGAGGAGAGAUCUGACCGCCAGGGAUGUGAUCGACAGCUCCCAUGACGACAAAAUAUCUGGAGAAGAUCAUAUUGAACAAACCAAGAUCCAAUCAACUGGAGGGGUGCAGGAAAAGAUGGAAAAGGAACCGAAAUCUACCACUGUCUCCCCUCAAGACGUCCCGGACGGCGCCCAGAUCAGCAAGGCCUUUGACACACUGUGCAACAUUGUCCGGGAUAGAAUGAGGAAGUACAAGCGACCCGAGCCCAUUGCCGACUUCUACACCAAAGGACGCUACGUGCUAGUUACCGGCGACGCCAGCUACCCGGAUCCAUGUUUCUACACAACUACGCCAUCUGCUGGACAUAUCUACGUCACAAUCAGAGAUGGUAUGACGUCACCUUACGAUAUUUAUGGACCCGAUAUUCCUUCUCCGCCACCACCGCAACCCCAACCGCAACCACAACCACAACCGAUGCCAGAGCCGAGACCGUUAAGUCCGACCAUCCCAACGCCAAAAGAUGACCCCAAAGGACCAAAGGGUAAGGAUGGCGGAGGUAAGGCCAGGCACAAGAGCGGAGAUCCACACGGCAAAGACAAAGACACGAGUCCUGUGUCGCCCCCUAAUGGUCGGAAGGAGCCUAACUCAGGAGCAGAUCACCAACCCGGGAAGAAAGGCAAUGGUCCGGGCGGGCUUCCUCGUAUCCCAAGUUCCAGCUCGAGUUCUAGUAGCUCCAGCAGCAGCUUCAGUCCAGAUGGGAUGAAUUAUGAGAAGAUAGAGAUGAAGGAAACUGUUGAAAAGAUAUCCAAUGAUCGGAAGAUGAAGGGGUACGAGGAGACGUCACUGGUGGUGGAGACCAUGAUUGAGAAGUCCAGCAAGAAGAAGCACUAAAAUAAUAAUAAUAAU